GCCUGCAGCCUGGUUGGGUCCCCACUCCCCAUAGUGCCCUUCUGGGGGCAGCUGAGGGCUGGGGUCUGGGAGGACCAGGUUGGGCAGCCCAGACCAUCUUCUGAGGUAAGCCCACUCCCUGGGUCUGGGCGGACUGGGCACUGUGUCUGGAGACACCCCAGCCCAGCAGCUCUGCUAAGAUCCCAGGAAGAACGCAGUGCAAUGGCAGGGACAGUUGGAGGGGAGCGGUGGAGAGCCAGGGACAAGUGGACCGGAGGGAGUCGGGCUGGAGCAACCUUUCCCUGCCUUUGCAGCCCCUUUGGGACCCAGCUCUGCAGUGGAUGACGGGGGGCGCUGCCUGAGACUGGUCUGUCUCAGAGGACCAGGAGUGUGACCUCAGGGCCUUCCUAGGCCCCAUGUUUAGGUUAUGGUGACCACAGCAGGCAACUCCCCUGUCCUUCCUCACCGGCCUUGCGCGAUUGCCGUCUGGGUCAGCCUUGCCCGCUCAGCUACUUGGGGCCAAGCAGAGCACACCUCCAUCCGUGUCACUAGGAGCCCCCCUCCAGAGGCGGAAGGUGGCUGCCAGGGCUUGGCUCUGUGCUUCUGCAGGAGGGAGGGGCCGCGGAGCCCAGUUUCCUGUGUGCUGAGUCAGUGCCCCAGGGGGCAGAGACGGGCCCCGCAGUUUGAGGGGCAGCUGGGGGCUGCCUGGUAGGUGCCCAGCCUCUCCGCCCCAGCACCCCUGUCUUCUCACCCCCAGGGCUACCUGUGGCUUCGCAGGAUGGGGCCACAGGUGCCCUCAGCCCCUCCUGCCCUCUGGGUCCUUGGGUGCGUUGUCCUAUUCCUCUGGCUGUGGACACUGUGCGCCCCCUGUCACAGGAAGCCGGCGCAGAGGCAGCAGGCCAGCCCCCGGAGCGGUGUGAUGCCAGCAGAAGCGGUGAGUGUCAGGCUGUCCCUGGGGCCGGGGCGGGGCCACCACAGGACCAAGACCAACCUUCCUUGCCCCCAGUCCCUGCUGAGACAACACCUCUGCACCCUCAGCAAGUCGGACACCAGACUGCACGAGCUGCACCGGGGCCCCAGAGGCUGCCGAGGCCUACGGCCUGCCAGCAUGGAUAUCCUGCGCCCACAGUGGCUGGAUGUGUCUAGAAGCACCAGCAGACCCCUGGCAGACUUCUCACACUGGGAACUGCCCCGGGCAAUGCCGGCUGCCACCUCACCCUCCAUCUGCCCCGAGGCCACCUAUUCCAAUGUGGGGCUGGCCGCAAUCCCCAGGGCCAGCCUGGCAGCCAGCCCCGUGGUAUGGGCAGGGGCACAGCUGACAAGCAGCUAUGUGAGGCCUGGGCCUGAGGCCAGACUGGAGGUGGCUGAGUAUGCUUGUAUCCAGAAGCUCAAGGAAACAGAAGAAGGCACCCAAAGCCUGGGGCAGGGGAAGGCGGAGCUGACCCCAGCUGCCCAGGUUGCCAUCCUGUACUCCAGAGUCAGGAAGCCUAAGAAGAGGGACCCAGGACCUGCCCCAGACCAGCUGGACCCUAAGGGGAGGGGAGUAAUUCCGCCUCUGGGAAGUGACCAGUCCUAUGAGACCCUCCCACUCAGGGGCCUGGGCAAGGAUGAUGGCCUCCUUGAAAAUGUGUAUGAGAGUAUCCAGGAGAUGGGGACCCUCCCACGGAGCACCUGAGCCCUCCAGCUCUGGCUGUUAGCAGGGGCCCACCUCUGCAGGACGCGGAGGCUCCUGGUUUCCCCAUCCUCAACCUAGGGGUCUCCAACUCCCCAUCUGCCUUGAACAACCCAGCAUAGAGUUCCUCCUUCCAAAGUAGUGCCCAUCCCCCAUUCCCUGCCCCCCUCCCCAAGUUGGCAGCACAAAGUCCAGAUCUCAAAUCUUCCAGCCUGUGAGGUCCCUGGGGGUCCUGGCUGCCGUGGCCUCUUGGACUCUCCCAAGGUCUUAAUAAAUCCCCAGCCUAGGGAAGA